AUCUCUGCCAGGCACUGAGGGAUGGGAACAAGCUGGCCCAGAUGGAAGAAGCGCCGCUCUUUCCGGGAGAGUCCAUCAAAGCCAUCGCUAAAGAUGUGGUCUAUAUCUGUCCAUUCAUCGGAGCCAUCAGUGGCACGUUGACAGUGACGGAUUACAAAAUGUAUUUCAAGAACGUUGAGAGGGAUCCACAUUUUGUGCUUGACGUUCCCCUCGGAGUAAUAAGUAGAGUUGAAAAGAUUGGAGUCCAGAGCCACGGAGACAACUCUUGCGGUAUAGAGAUUGUUUGCAAGGAUAUGAGAAACCUGCGGCUCGCUUACAAACAGGAAGAGCAUAGACUGGAGAUCCUUCAGAACCUGGUCACCCGAGCGUUUCCUCUUUCUCACGGGCUGCCAUUCUUCGCAUUCAGUUACAAAGAGAAAUUUCCUACAAAUGGUUGGAAGGUUUACGAUCCGGUGGCGGAGUAUAAAAGACAGGGCUUACCCAACGAGAGCUGGAAAAUAUCCAAAAUUAACAGCAUGUAUGAAUUUUGUGACACAUAUCCUGCCGUUCUUGUUGUGCCAACCAGCGUCAAAGACGAAGAUCUCUCCCGCGUGGCUGCCUUUAGAGCGAAAGGCAGAGUUCCAGUGUUGUCCUGGAUUCACCCGGAGAGCCAGGCAACCCUCACCAGAUGCAGCCAGCCUCUCGUUGGGGCGAACGACAAGCAGUGCAAAGAAGACGAGAAGUACUUACAGACCAUCAUGGAUGCCAACGCUCAGUCUCACAAGCUAUUCAUCUUUGACGCCAGGCAAAACAGCGUUGCAGAUGCCAACAAGACCAAAGGCGGCGGGUACGAAAGCGAAAGUGCCUAUCCCAACGUGGAGUUGAUCUUCUUGGAAAUCCCGAAUAUCCACGUGAUGAGGGAAUCGCUGCGCAAACUGAAAGAAAUUGUUUACCCCGCCAUUGAUGAAACCCGGUGGCUGUCCAACGUGGAGAGUACACACUGGCUGGAAUACAUACGGAUGCUUCUUGCCGGAGCUGUGAGAAUAGCUGACAAAAUUGAGUCGGGCAAAACCUCGGUGGUGGUCCAUUGCAGCGACGGUUGGGACCGUACCGCUCAGUUGACUUCCUUGGCGAUGCUCAUGCUGGACAGCUAUUACCGGACCAUCAAAGGCUUUGAGGUCCUCUUGGAGAAGGAAUGGAUGAGCUUUGGCCAUCGCUUCGCCAUGCGAGUCGGUCAAGGGGAUGACGAUCAUGCAGAUGCUGACAGAUCUCCUGUCUUCCUGCAGUUCAUAGAUUGUGUCUGGCAAAUGACAAAGCAGUUUCCAGCAGCGUUCGAAUUCAACGAGCUGUUUUUGAUCAGCAUUUUGGAUCAUCUUUAUAGCUGUCUCUUUGGCACCUUUUUGUACAACUCGGAACAUCAGCGAAUAAAAGAGGAGAUAAAUACCAAGACUGUCUCUUUGUGGUCCCACAUCAAUAGCCAGGUGGAGGAAUUCAGUAACCCUUUCUACGUCAACUACAAGAACCACGUUCUCUAUCCAGUAGCCAGCUUAAGUCAUUUGGAAUUGUGGGUCAACUACUACGUACGUUGGAACCCCCGAACGAGACCCCAGAUGCCGAUUCACCAGAACUUGAAAGAACUCCUGGCCAUCCGAACGGAGCUGCAAAAGAGGGUGGAGGAGCUGCAGCGGGAAGCCGCCAAGCGCUCCAUUUCGUCUUCCUCCGAGCGAGGCUCCUCUCCCGCCGUCACACCGGUCCACACUUCCGUCUGACCCGACCCCCCCC